CGCAUCACUCUUUUUUAUUUCUUUAUCUUUUCUUUCUGUUUCUUUACUUUCUCUACUCUGGUCUCUUAUGGUCUCUUAUGGUCUCUCUCUCUUUUUGGUUUGUGCCUUAUCUACUUCAAGAACGCGUCUACUGACAUCUCUGCUUUCUCUGAAGUUUUCUCUUUACUUGAUCCGUUUUCUUUGCUUGGUUCUUUCUAUUUGGUUUUAAGCAGCUACGUAUUAAGGAUAUACUAG